UUAUAGGCCUCUAAAAAUAGAUCAAAUACACACACGCACACACACAUAAAAAUACACAAAAUAGAAAAAAAAACUAACGUGAUUUCCUUUGACAAUGUCGUUACCUGAAACUAACCUUUUGGGGGACUAUCUAUCAGCCACCCAUGAAACAAAAUACUAUGUACAGAUUUCUAGAUUCAGUUUCUUAAUCAUUGAAUUGUUUUAGCGUCGAUGUCUGACACACUAUUCACCUCCUCCCGUCUCAUGUUUAACUUGCAACACAUUAAAUGAGAAAAGGUUUUAUUGGGUCAUAUUUUUAAAAGGUUCAUUGGAUGAAUGUCAACGGCAACAGAGUAGUAAAUCUUGAAAUUAAAUUUAAUUGUUACCAUUUCACGUCAUGAUAUAAAGAGCUACAUUUGCACAUACAAAAUUGGACGUAUUUUAUCGAAAGAAGCCAAUGUACCAGAAAACGAGAGAACUAAAAAAAAAAAACAAUACUGAAACAUGGAUGAUGGAAAACCAAUGAAGCGAACAACUGCUGGAGGCAAGGAAGCAGCCAUCACGUGCAAUAAUUUUCAAGUCCAGUUCAACAAAUUGUUAAAGGAUGCCAUCUCCGAUCUAUUUAUAUCAUUUGUACGUGCUGAGAACAUCGUGAGCGUGUUCAAGAAGUACAGCCAAAAAGUGUUGGUGGACAAAGAUAUUGAAAUAGUGAAACGAAAAGCUGAGUACAAAGGAAACAUUGAAGCCAACGAAGAAUUGUUAAACAGGCUUGUGACCUAUAAUGACUGGUUUCCGUGUCUGCUUCAAUGUCUCAGAGACAAGGACGUCAAUCAAGGUCACGUUGCACAACAGAUGGAAGACAUAGGAGAUUUUCUACGAAAAGAAUUGGAAAGAGAGCUGGAGAAUCAAAAGUUUCAAUAUUCUACAGUCAGUUCAUCAGCAGGCAAACUACUGCAGUUGUGCACUAUGUGUAUAGAGCAAGACUUCAGCCCCAACAGCAGGAGAAUUUUGAUGAAAAUCAAACAAAUUACGUUUGACAUUCUAACACAUUUGAUAUUUUCUACUACACUUAUAAGCCAGGAACUCACAGACAAAGACAUACUAAAUGCAAUAGAAAACGUCCUAGCCUCACCCGAGUUCCACCAAGACCAAGAGACUAACAAAGAAAUAAAAAUGGCUCGCGCAGAUAUAAAAAGGGAUAUUGUUCUGAUUUUAUCUUCAGUUGUGAGAAAUAUUGAUUUGAGGGAAAACAGUCUAUUAAAUAUCAAAUUUGAACAGAUACUAAAAAAGACAUUGGUCGAUCAAGAUACUCUUGUCCACGAUCUCUCAUUGCUUCUAUCAGCUUACGUACAGAAUGAUUUCUUCAAGUUUUUAAAAGAAAUGACACUAAACCUUGAUGACAUGCUACAAAGUCUACUUUCACACUUAAGAUUCUACGCCACUUACAGCGUAGUGAACAGUAAAGUCGAAAUUCAAAUCUUAGCUUAUUUAGAAGGUUUAGAAAAAUUAGCAACUUUUGAAAAAAUAAAAAAAAAGAUGAAGGACAUGUCAGUUCUGAAAAAGCUGUACUGUAUUAUCAAAGAAAUAGGUAGUUCCAAGUGUUAUGUUGCUUUUGUGAGCAUCCAAUCUACACUAGACUUUUUUCAGGCUGAAGAGAAAAAUCAGGAAACAACAGAAACGGAGGGCAUCAAAAGACUACAGGAGAGUUGCUUAGAAGACAAUGCGUUUGAAAAGACUUUGUCCAGAAAUGCAGUAGUAAUCGAAAACUGUUUAAAAGAAUAUUGUGAGAAACUCAGUCGCUGGAGGCAAUUACAAGAAUAUCAAGUCAGGAAUGAUCUAACCCAAUUGUUGAAGAUAAUUCACAGGAUACAGAAUAGAAUUGAUGAAUUUCAUGCAAUUUUCAUUUCUUCAAAAUUACCAGAAACCUUGGAGCUAAUCUGUUUGUAUUUAAAAUCAAAAGAAAUAUUGCAUACAGCCCUUAUGAUUUGUUUGACCUUGGUAGAAAAGAGUUCUUUUUUUUCACAGGCCUUGGUAAGAAACACGUUUUUCAACAUGCUGAGCUCGAUUAUGGAGGGAAUAGAAGGAAAUGGUUUUACUGAACCUUCGAUAUUUUUUUGUUUGAAAGAACUUUCCGAGAAUACACAAAACAUGGCAAGUCUUAUUAUGUUAACUACUGUGAAUCAAUCAAAAGAAAAGUGUUUUUUUCUAGACAACACUGAUAUUAGAAAGAAAUUGUCAAAUUGUGUCAGGUCCAGCAAUUACUUGGUCUUUGUCACAGCAAAAGUUCUACUGUCACCUCAUGAGAAGCAGGACGAUGCAAUAAAAUUCCUAAUUCACUGGCUAAAGGAAGCUAUGUCAAAUCAACAGUAUAUGACAAAGCAUGGCUUAAGUGCUAAACUGAUAUUAUAUUGCUUAUAUCUACUUUCAAGUAACAGUUCCAAUAAGAGAAUGAUCGAAGAGAAUGCCUACGUCACAACACUUCAUCAGCAUAUCCAUUUGGAGACUGAUCCAUCAAUUGCUCUGAAUUACAUUCUAUUAUUAAAAAAGCUUGAAGAAGAAGAAGAAAAAGAAGAACUACCAGCUAUAAUGAGCUUUGAGAAGCAUGAACCCUUCAGGGAAAAUGUUACACUUAAAGAUAUCAGCACCAGUAAUACUUUAGAGGUUAGGAAAGACGAUAAAUUACCAGCCAUUGUCGGUUUCAAAGAGUAUGAAUCCAUCUGGGGUGAUGCUAUACUAAAAGAACCUGAUGGUACUUGUAACAAUCUGCAAGUUAGGAAAGAAGUAGAAGAAACAUUACCAACUAAUGUUAGCUUCGGAAAAUAUGAACUCUCCAAGGAAAAUGUUAAACUAUCAAUUCCUAUUAGUACCAAUAACGCAUUGCAAGUUUGGAAAGGAAGAAUGAAUGCAGGUGUAGAUGUUGCCGUAAAAAUGAAUUCAGGAAGUAUGCCCCAAAAUGAAUUCUUGAUUGAAGCAAAAAUACUUAGCAAAAUGCAGAAUGAACAUAUUAUACAAUUUCUAGGUGUGGUCUUGGAUCAGACUUCAUACAUUGUGACAGAGUUCAUUCCCAACGGAACAUUGCUGAAAGUUUUGAAAACUGAUUAUGCUAAUUUAAUUCAGUUGUACGAUAUUUUGGUGAUGAACGUAGAAGUAUGUGAAGGUAUGAAUUAUUUGGAAAGUCACAAAAUUGUGCAUAGAGAUUUAAGAGCUGAAAAUAUUUUUGUAGGAUAUAAUUUCAAAGUUUAUAUAGCAGGAUUUGGAAAUGCAACUGCUAUAGAUAAUGAAAAUCACCAAAUAUCCAGAAAAGAUUACAGUUAUAAAAUUAAGUGGGCUGCGCCAGAAGCAGCUAAGAACAAACAGUUUAGCAGCAAGUCAGAUGUGUGGUCGUUUGGUAUAUUGAUGUAUGAGACUGUAACUUUUGGUUGUGAGCCAUACGAUAAAAAAUCAGACUCUGACGUCAUUCAGAUGAUACAAGAUGGCGGAUGUUUGUCCAAACCCCAAAACGAACGUUUUGAAAUACCUGUCGCUUUUUACGAUAUCAUGAAGUCUUGCUGGAGACUAUUGCCAGAAGACAGGCCAACGUUUGAAAAUUUACUGAAUAACUUUGUCAAAUAUGUCUGAAACAAGAACAUAAUAAUAAUUUGUUUUCCUUGGAGUAAUUCAAUUUGUGUCUUAUACACUCCUAGAUAUUUUAAAAAUUUUAGACUAACGGAAAUGUUUACAAAGCUUAUAUCUACUAACUCUGUCUGUCUGUCUGGUAAAAAAAAGUGUACACGUUAUUUCUCCCACACCCAUUCUCGGAUCAAGUUGAAACUUCGUACAAAUUUUGAUAUACAUAGACAAGACAUGAAUCAAUAAAAAAAGAAUUAAACUACUUGUAAUUAAUUAUUUUUGUUUAAAACUAACACAGGAAACUAAUAUUUUAGUAUUCACAGAUAUGGCAAAAUAUGUAGGUUGAGUUUAGUCCCCUUAAUAAUUGUUAACGCUAUUUCUCCUUUUGUCUUUCAAGUUGAUACUUUUAAACAAUUAUUUAUUGUACCUAACAAAACAUGAAUCAAUAAACAAAAAUACUCUAUAAGUCAAUUGAUUAUUAGUAUUCAAUUCUUUUAUUUGAUAUCGAAUAAGGGAAAUAAAUCGUACAUUAUUGGUAGUAGUUUUAAGGGCGGAAUGUUUCCCAUUUCGAUAAGCUUUGUUUUGUUUUUUAAAGGAUUGUUUAUAUUUUUAUGUUUUAUUCUUAUUUUUUGUUAACGAAAUGUUAUAACUAAAUUUAAUUGUUAAUUUUACAUUGUAAUAUCCUUCUCAACCAUUGUUUCCAUUCAUUGGUUUAAAUAAACAGUUAAAUAGAUGCCAAUAACCUGGCCAACAUUUAAUGUUUUAUAAUUGGACAUUGUAAUAUCUAUAGUUAUAUGAUUAUCAUUAUGUUAGAAACGAACAAGUAUUCAUUCUCUAGCACUGGCAGUGUCGAGUUUCGAUUUUAUUGUUAUUAUUGUUUUAUUAUUAUUUUUGUUAUUAGUAUAUAGAAAUGAAUUAAAUUUGACAUUAAAUUGUGAGUCUGUGUUUCCACAGUAUCCGUCUUUCCAACUUUGUUUCAAAUUGAAUACAAGUAACUAGGGAGAAAUCACUGACACAAACGCAGGAAGCCUGUGUAACGUAAGAAUGUCUUUAAAACACGAAUUGAGUGUAAUGCUGCAUAACAAUAGUGUCACUUUUUGUCCUUUUAAAGCAUAUGAAAUACGCUAGAAGCAAUUUCUGAUUUGAUAUUUAACGCAGAAGCUUAUAAACAUUAGUAUUGAAUGAAUUUUCAUGAAAGCUAUCUAAAAAAUAUUUUACAUCUUUUGAAUGUUGGUAAAAUAACUAUGUUUUGGAUGUCAGCAUGUCAAGAGGGAUAAUAAGUGUAGUUACUUUUAGAGAGUUAGUCCCCUUAAUAUUAAUAUUUAAAUCUCUGUUGACUGUGUUCAAUUGCCACUUCCUCUUGAGUCCUUGAGCUAAUUAUUUUGUUCAAAAUCUAUUUAAGUAAUGUUGAUAAAAUUUUUUUGUUGUGAUCUGACUUUGUUACUCAUAAACAGUGUGCUUCUGUAAUGUAAAGCGCUUGGCUUCCAAAUCGGGAUCCCGGCAUUGAACUAUCGAACUCAGGUGAAGACGGGUCUCAGGUGAAGACGGGUUUUUACUUUCGGGAUUUUUAGGGCACCUCUGAGUCCACCCAGCUCCAACGGGUACCUGAAAUUAGUUGUAGAAAAGUAAAGACGGUUGGUCGUUGUGCUGGCCACAACACCUGCGUUAACCUUAAGUCACGAAACAGAUGACCUGAAAAUAGCCCCUAAUUUUUUUUUCUCAAAAAAGAUAUAAAGAAAAACUAUUUAUUUUCUUUUUAUUUGCAUGCCGACACAUAAUAAAAAAAGCAUUUUUUAUUAUUAAAACAUAUAAUUUCUAUUUAGAGGUUUAAGCUGUCCUUAAUAGAAUGUUGGGCAUUUUUAGGCAAAGUACGGAAUGAUUCUUUUUUAGGCAAAGUACGAAAUGAUUCUUCAUUUCCUACUUUACCAAGGUAUUCUAAACAAUGACUAGAUCUGUGUCAGGCCAAUAAACAAAAAAGUCGUAUUUAGAAAAAAAUAUUUAUACCUUAAAUAUAAAUGAGUGAAAAAAAAAACAAAACAGGAUUUCUUAAGACUAAACAACUGUAGAGUAAGUAAUUUAUAUACUAUUAAAUGCUGCUUUAAUUUUGAAAUGUACGUGCAUAUGUCUACUGCAAUAAAAAAAUUAAAAUAAUA